CUUCAGAAAGGUUAAUUGUAGAGAGAGAGAUGAUUCUCUUUAAGUCUUCAUCAAGAAGUACAGUAGUUCCGGAGCAAGAGGAAGACCAUUCCGGGACUGAUGAUCAUGGCGACUGGACAUCUCUAACAGUCUGGAGAAAGUCGCUUCUCUUCAGCUGCAAAGGCUUCACAGUCAUCGACUCCAAUGGCCACCUAGUCUUCAGAGUAGACAACUACGCCGGGCGAACCCAGGACGCCACUCUCAUGGACGGUGCCGGCCACCCCAUCCUCACCAUUCGCCGCCGCAAGAAACUGAGGCUAGUGGAUAACUGGCUCGUGUACGAAGGCGAAGCUGGCGGCCAUGGCUGCUCAACAAAGAAGCCGAUCUGCUGCAUGAGGAAGCGCGUUAACAUCCUGCAACCCAGCGACGGCGCGGUGGCGCGUGUCUAUCACGGGCCGCCGGAGAAGAGGCAGGCGUACGUGAUAGAAGGGUCGUAUUCUCUCCGGUGUUGCAGAGUGGUGGACGAGUCGCGGCGGAGAGUGGUGGCGGAGAUCAAGAGGAAGGAAGCUGGCAAAGGCGGCGUUUCUUUGGGGUUGGAGGUUUUCCGGUUGAUCGUGCGGCCGGAAAUCAAUCCCAGCUUCGCCAUGGCCAUUGUCAUGUUACUGGAUCAAAUGUAUUCAUGAUUUUUCAACCUUUUCUUUCUGAAUUUUUUUUUUGUGGCGAAAAGAAAUCAAUAGUUAGAUCUUUGGGUAA